UAAUGUGAGUUAAUAGGUGUGUUCACUUAAACAAGGGCCUUUAAUACUAUGUUCAACUGACUUUGGAUGAAUAAAACCUUGAAUAAUCAGAUUGUUGGCUAAUAUUGAUAAUGUAUGUCUUGUACAUAGAGGGAAAACUGAGGAACGGGUGAGAACCAUGCAGAACGAUACGUCUUCCCACCAGCUCCUGCUGACACUUGGCUUCAGAGAAAUGGGUUCACUCCGGUACCUCUACAGUGCAUUGGCUCUACUAGUUUAUAUCAGUGUUAUUAUGUUCAAUGUUGCCGUUAUCACAGCGGUUUUGUUACACAAGAGUCUACAGGAGCCCAUGUAUAUCUUUGUAUGCGUACUGUGCAUUAAUGGCCUCUAUGGGAGCACCUCUUUCUUUCCCAGUUUGAUCUUCAAUCUGGUCAACCACAUCAACACCAUUACUUAUACUGGAUGUUUGACGCAAGUAUUUUGCAUCCACACAUACGUGGGGUGUGAAAUGACCAUCCUUGUCAUCAUGGCGUAUGAUCGCUAUGUGUGCAUUUGCAACCCUCUGAGAUACCACAGUAUCAUAUCCUUAUUUGUGGUCUUCAAGUUGGUGGCUUUGGCCUGGUUUUACACAAUUAUCCUGGUCGGUUUACAUUUGGUGUUGACCAUCAGGCUACCCAUAUGUGACACGGUCAUACUAAAGGUCUACUGUGAUAAUUGGUCAGUGGUAAGGCUGUCUUGCAUUGAUGUUACUAUAAAUAAUGGGUUUGGACUUUUUAUCGGGUCAACAUUUAUAGGUCCCAUGCCGAUGUUGAUCAUAAUCUCCUACAUCCAGAUCCUAAGAGCCUGUAUAAGAUCAUCAAAGGGCUUUAGAGCAAAAGCUUUGCAAACCUGCACUCCUCACUUAAUAACUGUUACUAUCUACACUGCCAAUUUGUUUUUUGAGCUCCUGAUAUAUCGAUUCAUACCCGAAAGUUUAAAUUAUGAACUGAGGACAAUCAUGUCAGUGCAAGUUGUAGCAUCUCCUCCUCUCCUAAAUCCACUCAUCUAUGGUCUGAAGUUAAAGGACAUAAAAGUAAAAAUCCUCAGACUUUUUUCACUGAAGACUACGACGUUGUCCGUUUAGAAGCGUUGUCUUUUCUCCAACCAAAAAGUGUGUUUGGAAAGAUAUCAACAGGGCCAGAUUAAGAACAUCAUGGGCCUGGUGCUGAGGAUUUUG